ACUCUUGGUCAGAAUUCAGAGUGCAACGAACAAACCAGCCACCUCGUAGAGUUAAAACCAGACCAUUAUGUGACUUGCAUUAUGUCGCGUCCAUGCAGCUUGUCCUGGUGUUUUCUCUGCUUUUUGCUGCUUCUUAUAAUGCGUCAUGCCUGGUCUGCUCCAGAUUUCUCUGAUUUCCUUCACACGGUGUUGAGGAACCACACCGCCCAUGCUUGUGAGGGAGAAACGCUUACCAUCAGGUGUCCCUCCAAAACCUCAGUGGCUAUUUUGUCCGCAUUCUAUGGACGACGAGUCCCAAGUCAGCACCUGUGCCCCAACGUAAAUGCAAAUGUCACAGAGGAAAGCACAGAUUGCAUGUCCACUAUUGUCACACAGAAAGUGGUGUCCGAAUGCCAGGAUCGGAGAGGAUGUCAGAUUCCUGUAGCAAGUCCAAUGUUUGGACAAGAUCCCUGCCCUGAAACUCGCAAGUACAUCCUGGUUUCCUACAAGUGUCGGCCUGCACAUCAUCGUUUGCGGACUGCAUGUGAGAACGAGAGGCUGAGGCUCAUCUGUAAGAACGACACUGUGCUGGCCAUCUACUCUGCCACAUUUGGCCACCUGGAGCAUGACACUCCUGCAUGCCCUCAAGAAGCUCAUGGGAAACCUGACAUCGAAUGCUUGUCUCCAUCUGCCUUGAGAAGGGUAUCAAGGAAAUGUCAUGGCAGAACAAACUGCACUGUGCUGGCCAGCGUUCAAAACUUUGGUGACCCCUGCUUCCCCGGGACCAGCAAAAAUCUACGGGUAUCUUUUACAUGUGUUCCUAGGUAUUUGCUGGAAGACCUGGAACGUGGAGGCACUGAUCCUUUCCGAAUCUCUGAUUAUACGCAUGGUGGCUGGUACACUGGCCCAGGUGUGUACAAACCACAAAACAUUUUCACCAACACUUUGGAAAUCUAUUUCCAGAUCCAGGGGGUUCCAGAGACAGUGGCUCUAUAUUUCGUCUUAGGCAUAUGUGCUGGGUUGGUAUUCCUGCUGUGCCUGUUUGGUGUGAAAUCUACACUGGUGAAGGACAUGAAAGAUUUGAUGGCCGAUCUUGAGGAUGAGUUCAAGACUGCACGAAGAUCACGCCAUGGGGUGAUCAACGAUGACAAUAUCUCGUUGGACUCUUCCUUUCCACGCCUUACUCAACCUUAUCGUGGAGCUCAGCUGUUCAAUCCGGAGAUGUUCAUGUCAGUGGUCAUGGAGCAGCCAAGAGACGAGGGCAGGGAUAAGGCAGAGGUGCCAAACGGAGAUAUUUGGCCACACUGCAAUUCCAGCCCUUAUGCCAUCCAUAAGACCAAGCUCUUCUCUGCCGAAACUUAGAAUUGAACAGAGCUAUGACCCGAAAACAAUAAGAAGUUUAUAUGUAUUGAUUAUUUCUUGAAUUGCAGAGAACUUGUUUACCUUAACAAUCUGUAUAAUUUACCAAGAUUAAAAUUAUAUCAUUAUACAUGCAAAAAGCCAAAAGACUUGCAAAAUUAUAAUUGUUAUAUAAUAAACAGCUUGUAUACUGCAGUAAAUAUACUACAGUACAGUGGCAGUUGUGUGUCUAAUAUUGAAAAUUAUAUACUUAUACUCCUAGAUGUACUUCUAUAACUUGUUGAUUUGUUAAUUUGUGAGAAUUUUUGUGAUGCGAUGUUUUGAUGGUAAAUUAAAGAAUGAAAGGACAUUUUUGAAAGCACAAAACCCUUUAGGCAGCCAGUGAUUUGUUUUGUUCUGUUUUUCCCAAAAGCUUUCUUAUUUAUUUUUGAUUUAGCAUGCAAUUUUCAUUUCUGACAGAAAAUGACCACUAGAGGGAGGCUUUUGUUAUUUAUGUAAGACAAGUAGUGUGUACUAAUGACACAAAAAGAAGAAAGUGUAUUUCUACAGUUGCUCAAAGCAGGACACAGGACAGUUUAUGCUCUUCUGCCAUAAUAAUAUAUACCACAAUUGCCAAUCACAGUAUGUCCUGAAAUGUUUUACUCCUCUAAUACAAAUGCAGUGUACCAACAAUUAAAAGUUGUAAUAUAUUUAAUAACAUCACGAUCUAACUGUUUAUUGUCAUUUUUGGUUGUGAAACACCUGGUAAACACCACCUUUCUCCUUUUCAACUCCUUCUCUUGUUUUUAAGUUUUUAAGACAAAAAGCAGGUAAUAAAAUUCAAACCAAA